CAGUCAGUUGGAUUUCAGAAGCGGCACAGAAUGGAUCUGUGAGUCGUGCUUUUUGCCCAAAAGUCUCCCAGUUUAGAGUGUGCUUCCCAAACCGUGGAAAUAUUUCUCAAUUUUAAAUAUUAAACCGCAUACACAUGCCGUACGCAAAAAUUGAUAAACUCUGAUAUAAAGUUAGUGCAGUUCACUGAGGUGUUUACAGAGAAGAACCAAUUAAUUUCUCUACCGUAUGGUGAUGUGUUGAGAAAAAAAAAAUUAAAUUAAAUAAAAAGGAAGAAACAAAGGUCUUGCAAAAGAAAACUCAAGAGGUGAAAAAGUUAUUUGUGCCUGAGGAGUAGCUUCACAUAUUUAUAUCUAGAGUGAUUAUAGAGUCAAUCUUUGUGGAAAAAUUAAAGAUAUAAGAAAAGAAAGAAAACGAUCAUUUAAUAAUUUGCAAAUACAGCACAAAGUGGUUGAAAAUAGUGGUUCAAAUAAUAUAAGGAAACACCAUCAGCAGCAGAAAAUAAUCACAGCUAAAAAGAGCAUAGAAUUGGAAAGCUGAUAAAAAAAUCAAUUUACAGGGUGAAUGCACCCUCAGCAAUGGCGGAAGCUUGCACAGAAUGCAAAAUCAGAAGAAUACUUCAUGUAAGAGUUUUGUGUUGUAAAAAGGAAAAUGUUGCAUUGCGUGUGGAAAAAUUGUAAAUUUCAUAUUAUUCACAAUCAAAUUACAAUGAUGGUGUUAUGGGUACCAAGUUUUUCCGUACGCUGCGUCUGAUUUGCGUAUUGCAAUAAAUUACGCAGGACAAAAAAGAUCAACAAUAAUAUGAAAGUGUUGUAUACCCCAAGAGUCAACAUUGUGCGCAAUUACUAUUCAAUGAGAUUCACAUCAUAACUCAUCCUUCAUACCCAACAGCUUUCUUCAUCAUUGUCAUCCACUGUGAACAACGAUCCAUCCGGAUGUUACAUACAUACAUACGGCGACAAAUAUGUAUAGGAAGGAACGUGCUGUUGCAGAAUUAAUGUGAGAAACAUAAAUAAACAGGAAGGAAAGACAAUGCUUCUGAUGAGAAUUUUUAGUAGAACUGAAUGGUGGCAAAUGUAAAAAAAAAUCGUAUUCAAAUUUUAAAAAUGUCGUCUUCAGUGGCAGUGGUGUUACAUUUUUUCCAACCACCAAAUGUUGGGUGAAGCUACUAUUAAUUUCAUAAAUCUAAAAGAGCUUGCUGACAGGCUGAAACCCAUCUAGCAAUAUGCAUUGUACACUAGGGAUUGCGGUGUAGCAAAGAGUGAAUAAAAGACAGCAUAGUGCAAAGGCAAAAAAAGAAAAAUUGCAAGGGAAAGAAAUACUGAUGCGCAAUGGAAAAUAGUGCGGAAGGAAAUAUACACGGAAGGCAACGUCAUAAAUACAGAUACAUUGAACUUGUGGUUGAAUAGCUUUAUGGCAGAAUUAAUAUUUCCCCUAACAAUAGCCAAAGAUACAAGAAUCGAGAGCCACAUCUGUGAGAUAACAUCAUUAAUUCAAUACAUUACAUUUCCGCCGCUAUUGGGGUAUGCCAUUGCAUAUGAAAAUUAUAUAAAUUAACACCCAAUGCCCUCAGAAAAAAAUAACAUUGUUUGCCACUGACAUGUAAUAAAUGUGAAUGGCAUCACGUAAAAAGGAGAAUAGGAAAGUAUUGCAAUAAAAAGAAAUCACUGGUGAAGCGAGAAGAAGGAAAAAACGCGACUAGAUAACCGGAUAUACAAUUCGUAUUAUGCCAAGGUGCUGGUACAAUAGAAAGAAACCUACGGGCUAUGUUUGUGAUGCUGUCAGUCCGUACAACUUCCGUUUGUGAACGGCAGGCCGAGACGGGCUCAAACGUACUUGACACCACUAAAUACAGUAUCAAUAGCUGUAGCAACAAUAAAAACAGCAAUAGCAACAACAUCAGCUGCACAAAUAGCAUAAAAAGCAACAACAUACAGGAAUACCAAACGGCAGCCAUCAAUAACAUCCUCAAAAUCAAUAAUCAUCACGUUGUUUUUGAAAAACAUCUCACCAAAUCAUCAUCUGCCACACCACUUCACAGAGACGAUAUUAUCCUGAAGCCCAGUCUCACACUACCCGAAAUUGGACCACCCACCGCCUUAGCAAGAUCAAAACUUGUCUUGACGGAAUUGAACAACUAUAAGCAAGCCCAGGCAACCCAGGGGCCAGUGGCCACAAUAUUGAACGACCUUAGUCCCGUACCAGCACCAGCAAGAAUCAAGAAUAAAACGGGCAUCCAGUUGAGCCCUAUGACCCUCAAGGGGCUGCAAACCAACUCGCCCGACGCAAAGGCCAUGCGGUACUACAGACUGUGGAUCUACACAUGCAACGCAGUGCUCUUGAUGGCAGUCAUUGUAUUCUGUGGCGUUGCUGGAAAAGUCCUCCUUGCCGACUACAAGCGUCUUUUGGUGCAUGGUUUGAAUUUAGGACAACCAAGCUUUGUGUACGCUUAUUUUGCUCUGCUGGUGCAAUCAGGUUUUCUACAAUUAGUUGGAUGCCUUGGUGCCUUAAGACUUUCAGAGAAAUUACUAAACGCUUAUUGGUUGCUCCUUCUCGUCUUACUAAUUGGGGACGCCAUUCUGGGUAUAUUUUGGAUGUUCAAGUUUGAGAGAGUUAUGACUGAGUUGCAACCAAUUUUGAGUAAACGCCUAGCCACAGAAUAUGGGAAUUCCUUGGAAUUUAGUGAUUUAUGGGAUCGCCUACAGAACGAUGGCCGAUGUUGCGGCGUCAUAGGACCACAAGACUAUUCGAAUACCCCAAAUCGUUCAUAUCCUCUCUCCUGCUGCUCGCCGGAUGUGUCAGAACAGAUUACCGUAUCUCGACGUCCUCUGGCAUCCCCUGUAGUCUUUCGCAAUGACGAGUUGACAACAUUAGGUAUUUUAUCACGAAACAAUUACACUGACAUGCCAGACUCAACAUGGAGUCACAUCGUGAGUGCUGCACGGGAGGAGAGCAAAUCAGUUGCAACUUGCAGAGCAGUCUACCAGCAGGGCUGCAUCGAUAAAGUAAUACUGUGGCUAAAAAGUACAGCGGAUAUUCUUUUUGUGUUGGGCUAUUGUGUAAUUGCAUUCCUCAAAUUGUGCUUUUUGGGGAUUUUGCGAUACGAAAUCAAAGAGAUGAUUCAGAAAAUCAAACUGCUCCAGACAGAAAUGGCUACAGCGAUACUCAAUGCCGAUGCAGAGACCACACAUCUCCAACUACCACAGCUACCGCAACCAAUGCAACAAAUAUCAUCCACUUCAAUUAAUGGUGGCAUUCAUGCAGAACCAAAGGUGGGAAAUCGUGAUCGUGAACGUACCCGAAUUGGCUCUGGGGAAAGUGAACGGGAGUCAUUGCUCGUUCACGACAAUACACCCAAAUAUAAUAUAAAACACAAACAAUUGUUUAUGUGCACAGAACAACAACAGCAGCAGGGUGUAGAUUCAGACACCAAUUCCGGAUGUGCCCUUAUCGUUGAGGACACAGGAGGCACACAAGCAAAGACAAUAAAUGGAAAUAAUAAUUACGAAUUAAGCGAAUUUGAUACGAAGGCACCAUCUUAUAGGCUACUUAAUGCGCCGACCGUGACUAAAAUCUGACUACGGUAUUAUUUGGAGCAGCUAUUCGGUGACCAAUGGCGUAAAUCCUCAGUACCGACAACAGUCGUUACAUCGCGACGCUCUCAUGUCUCCAGGCCCAGUCGUGGCAGAGAAAUACGUUUGUACCGAUCAACAGAGUCUGGUGAUAGAUAUGACUGUGAUUGUGAAGAUAUUUAAAGAACAAAGAAAAAAAAACAAGAUAAACCACGAAAGGUUACAUUAGAGAAGAGACUACAAUGUACAGAAGACCUUGCACAGCGCAACUGAAAUUAUUCCACUAAUCAGAGUGUAUGUAUAAGUAUUCCUCUGAAUAAAUUGCAUUAUCACGCGAUGUAAAUAAAAUGUGUAUUUGAGAAAGAAAGUGCCAUAAAUAUUAUUUCAUCUCUAGAAUACUCAUUACCUAUAGAGCUUCUCAAUUGAAUAAUAAAAGCACAUUAUUUUUUCGCCUAUAUUGAAUUUUAGAACAUUAAAAGAAAACGAAUAUUGUUCAGAAUAUAAUAAAAUUUAAUUUCAGGAAGAAAAGAAAAAAGUCUUCAAUGAAAUGUGUGUAAAAUAAAAUGAUAAAUGUAUUUAAUAGGUACAACAUUAAACGCUUAGUAGAUUUAUAAAUUCCCAUUAAAAUGUUCUAUCAUAGAGACAAUAAGACGAUGAGAUUAAAAGUUGAAAAAAAAAGAAGUCAUAUUCCAUGAAAUGAUAACUCAGCUAUAUCCUAAAAAACUCAAUAAUGUACCAGCAAUUAAAUUUGAAAUAUAACGCUGCGAGGAAAAAGAAUGAACUCAGCUCACAACUACUAAAGAUUAAUGAGCCCCAGAAGACAGAUUCCACAGAAUGUUCGACUUCUUCCGUUGCGCUAGAAAAAAAGUCAAUCUACGAGUUAAGCCCCAAAUACUCCACUUGACAAAAAGUUUAAUUGACACUCCGCAUAUCGAGAUAUUCGACUUUACAGACUCUAAGUCCCCAUGAGAUUAAAUUUUUCUCAUUACCUUAUUGAAUAAUUUCCCCUAACUUUAAAAGAAAAUAAAUAAAUGUAAAAGUUUCAUAUUUUAACCUGAUGAAUUACGUAAUUGCGCCCCAAUAUAAAGACCUUUUCUUCACCAUUAACGUAAAGAGGUUGAUAUGCAGAGUGUUAGACAGACAAUUAAAGUACCACUGUGUUUACAAUGGAAAUCCAUUAAAAUUAGUUAUAUAAAUGUGAAUCAUCAUUUGUAUAUAUAAAAUACUUUAAAAAAUAUAUGUAAAAUAAAUUAAAAGAAAAGUUACUGUAUCAUAAAAGUAUCGACUUAAGUGACAAAGUUAAUUGGGAACUGUAACGUAAGUGGUUUAAGAAGGGAUGAAAAAUGUAAAAGAAGUAAAAAAAAACGACUCCUUUGGUAACAAAAGCUUUGUUGAAUACAAUUGAGUUCUCUUUUUCUAUAAAUAAGUAAUGAGCUUACGAUAGAGUGCCUAAAAUUGACCAUUCGCUUCUCACCAAACAGACAAAUAUGACAGAAUAUUCUAUAACCAAAUCACCAAAGUCCUAUAAGAAUAAACAAAUGAAAUUAAUGAGAGUCCUUCAAAGGUAAAUAUUAUAUUGUUGCAUACAAAGACUUUUUGUCCAUCAAUAAAAGUCUCUAAAAUUUAUUACUGAUAAUUUAUUUUCGACUUCCAUCAGUCCUCAUGGGUUAUAGCUAUGAAGACUAAGUGGUAUCACAAAACACUCUAAAAAUUGUAAAAUAUGUGUAUCAAUAAAUAUUUCACCUUUCAAAACAAAUUAAAAUUUAAAAAAAAGCUUUCGUUCAUUUCAUACUUUUAUACAAAAUUCUAAAGAAAAUAUCUUCGAUAUGUUUUUUUUUCGAAAUCAAUAAAGAUUUUUGAUGGACCAAGAAAAAAAAGAUUUGAGCAGCAAUCUAAUAUUUGGACACUGAUUCGAUUCAAUUAUAGCCAGAAACUGGGAGUCAUUUUAUGAAAAGAAAAAUGUGUUCAACACUACCAGAGAAAAUACCGUGGAAGAAACAUAUGAACCAAAUGUUGAUGCAUAGGAAAAGGAGAUUCAAAACAAAUGGAAACAAAUCAAUCAAUGCAAUUUAAAUAUCCCAAUCUAUUUUAAUUCCAAAACGCAUUAUAGUCAUGUAAUAUGAAUUAUCAUAUCAGUACCAAAUAUAUAUUAAAAAAAAUAGGGGACAAAAAAUAUUAAUUACCAUUUAGUUUAAUCGAAUUCUGACUAGUGUGUAAGAAGAUACAGUGAAUUAAAACAGAAAAGAUUUGCCUAAUAUUAAAAAAAAAAACAAAAUCUAAAAGAAAAAAUAUAUCUAACGUAUUUAUAGAAAUGUACUAACUGUUGUAAAUAGUGCUUUGCUUCCUUUGUAUUCAGAAGAAAAAAAAAACAAAAAAUAAUAAUUAAAAAAAAACAUUGAAAAAUAGAUAAAAAGCUAAUUCAAGUAUAUUUAUUGUAGAAAAUGAGAAAAGAAAAAAGAAUUAUUAUAUAUAUUAUGAGAAAUCAAUACAUAUAAAAGAUUUAAAAUACCUAUUCAUAGAUAGAUAUUUUUGCAUGUUUCAAUAUUUAAUGGUGAAUUCAGAGAGUUUUUUGAAUAAACAAUAAUCAAAAUUCCAUUAUAUUCCGAAGAAAGUAAUGUGAAUAAAUGCGAGACGAGUACCUUUCAGAUAAACAACAUGAAUAAAAAAUAUCCUCACCUAAAGAAAGGAUAAAAUGAAGAGAGAUAAGAAAAAAAAACAAGUAAUAUUAUUGGAAAUUCUACCCAACAUUCACACAUCCAAAUUCCAAUAAACCAUGUACAAAUUUAUGUAGGUAACAAAACAAGGUCCCUUGGAAAAAAAUUCAAUCUCCUCUACAUUUCACAUAGAAACAAAACCCAAAUAAGUAAUCAUAUAUAAUAGGAAAAUGGAUGAAAAAUUCAACAGAAAAAAAUUCAUUGUAAAACUGUUAAAAUGUGUAUAUAGCUAGAAAAAUUGACAUAUUUUAAAUAAACCUUCUGGAAUUUAUCAAAUGAAAAAAA